CUGUCAACUUGAUGUCAGUUUUAGCAGUGUGGCAUAAAUUUGGUGAACGCAUUUUUUGCUCGUGUAUUUCGAUCGUUUCGUUCGGUAUUCGUAAAAGUUGAACCCUUUUUAUCUCGCGGAUAUCGCACUAAAAAUUGUACGUGUGGCAAUUUUCGGGUGCUUGCGUUUUCGGGUGAAUCCGUAUUUUCGCUUCUACCGUCGUGCUACCAAUUGGUUUCGCGUUUUCGCAUUCGCAUUCGUCGUGCGGUGGUUUUCGGGUCGCUGGACUAACUAACUAACUAACAUAUCCGUCGUCCGUCGCCCACGGUUUGUGUCGUUCAAGCUGAGUUCCUCCGGUAGCAAUCGUCGCCAUUACCAUCCGAAGUGGUCCGCGUUCGCUACUCCGAGUAAACCGUGCAAUAAGCGAUGGGUAAGGCGAAGAAGGGUAAAAAGGAUGUUGCGGCUGCCGGUGCCGGUGAGGACGGAUCUGACGUCGAGGUAAAGCAAACUGAACUCACUGAAACGGAAGUGGAAAACCGGAAAAAUGAAAAGAAGAAAAAGGACAAAAAACCCAAGAAGGUAGACAGUGAUCCUGAUGACGUAGCUGUCGGUGUGGAGGAGGUCACUGAAGAAAUUAAAAAAUUGGCCGUUGAUGGAAAACAAAAAGGUGACAAGAAAAAGGGCAAAAAAUCUGAGAAGAAAGAAGUGCAGCAGGAAGACGAUGCCAAUGAUGAAGACGACGAUGAGGGUGGAAUGAUGGUAAAGGGAAAAAAGAAAGGUAAGACAACCGGAAGUGCAGGUCCUGUCAGGUUCUCCCUAUUGAUGGCCGAUGAUGAUGAUGAUGAGAUUGGGGAGUCAGCACAGAAUGAUGACGAGGAUAACGAUGCUCCACAAAAGGGGAAAACGAAGAGCGGCAAAAAGCAACAGGUCAAGGAUGAAGACGAUGAAGCUCCACAGAAAAGUGGUAAGAAAAGUAAGAAGGACAAAAAGAAGAAAGGAGGAAACAGCGAUGAUGAGGAUAUUGAAAAGAUGCUCGCAGAAUUGGAGAUGGAGUAUUCCGGGGUGAAGCCACCCCCAACUGAAGAAACGCAAGAUGCUGCAGAGUUGAAUGAACCUACCGAAAAGAAAAAAAAUAAGAAAGACAAGAAAAAGAAGGAAGAAACUCCUGAAGCCGAACCGGAAGAAUCCGCGGAAGGUGAAAUUCGUCUCAAAACAGCAGCGGAGAAGCGUAAGGAGAAAAAGGAACGCCAAAAGAAGGAAGCACAAGCCGCCAAACAGCAGGGAGCUGAUAUUCCUAGCGAAGAACCUAUUGCGAAGGAAGCGACCCCAGUUCGGGAGAAGGAAGAAUCAUCCGCUCCGGCUGGAGAAGGUAAAAAGAAAAAGAAGAAAGGCAAAAAGGAUGAACCGGAGAAACCUGCUGAAUCAGCUGCGAUUGAGGAAAAAUCUAUCGAACAGGUUCCUGGUAAACCAACCGAGAGUGUAAAAUCGACGGAAGCAGCUGGCAAAGAUGCCGAUAAGAAGAAGAAAGGUCCCAACAAGGCAGCUCUUGCUUUGAUGCAGGAACGUUUGAAAGCAAUUCGUGAGGAAGAAGAGAGAUUGAAACGAGAGGAAGAGGAAAAGAUUAGAUUGGCUGAAGAGGCGGAAAAGUAUCACCAAGAACAGCUGCGCCUGGAGCAAGAGAAGAAAGAACGCAAGAAGCUAAAGGAAAAGGAACGCAAGGAGCGUUUGAAGGCGGAAGGAAAACUGCUCACUGCCAAGCAAAAACAGGACCGAAUGCGUGCUCAAGCUAUGCUGGAUGCCCUUAAGGCACAGGGAGUCGAAAUACCGGAGGCAGGCGUGGAGAAAAAGGUUCGCUAUGGUACCAGAAUCCGUCCCAAGAAGAAGGAUGACGCUUCAAAAGAAGAAGAAUCCAAAGAGCAAAGUCCAACGGUUGAGGAGCAACAAGCGAUGGAUAGUGAAAAGGCCGAAGAAAAGGUAAAAGUAGACGAAGUGAAAGAUUCGUGGGAUGCUUCGGACAGUGAGGAAGAGCAGGACGAACCGGAAAAGGAAGAGGUCGCUCCCAAGAAAAAGUCAGAGUCUUCUACAAAACCUAAGCAUGAGGAUUCGGAUGAAGACGAUGAGGACGAUGAGUCCGAUGAUGAUGACUCCGAAGAUGCAUCGGAAAGUGACAGCGAUUCCGAAGAAGACACCCGUCCCGAAUCGGAAAAGAUGCGUCAGCGGGCGCUAGAACGAAUCGCCAAACGAACUCAGGAUGCGGAGAAGAAACGGACAAUCGAAAAUCUGCGGGCGGCGGUGGUUUGCGUGCUGGGCCACGUCGAUACAGGAAAGACCAAGAUCCUGGAUAAGCUGCGUCGAACCAAUGUACAGGACGCAGAAGCCGGUGGAAUCACCCAGCAGAUUGGAGCCACAAACGUUCCGAUAGAAAACAUUAAAGAGCAAACCAAGUUUGUGAAAGGAUAUACCGAAACCGUUUUUAAACUGCCCGGUUUGUUGAUUAUCGACACUCCGGGGCACGAAUCGUUCAGCAAUCUACGCAGCCGUGGUUCCUCACUUUGUGACAUUGCCAUUCUGGUGGUGGAUAUUAUGCACGGUCUCGAACCGCAAACGAUCGAGUCUAUUAACUUGCUUAAAUCGAAACGGACUCCGUUUGUGGUCGCUCUCAACAAAAUCGAUCGCCUGUACGAUUGGAGCACCAUGAAUCGGAAGGAUGUUCGUGAUAUUAUCAAGGGGCAAGCCGCUAACACGCAACUUGAGUUCACACAGCGCACAAAAGAGGUAAUCGUUCAAUUUGCCGAGCAGGGUCUGAAUGCCGCUCUGUACUACGAAAAUCCGGAUCCAAAGUCGUACAUCUCUCUGAUUCCAACCAGCGCCAUCACCGGCGAAGGUAUGGGCAAUUUGCUUUUCCUGAUCGUUCAGUAUUGCCAGAAACAGCUCGCCAAGCGGCUCAUGUUCAGCGAGGACCUGCAGGCAACGGUGCUGGAAGUGAAAGCCAUCGCCGGACUGGGAACCACGAUCGAUGCUAUUUUGAUUAAUGGAAAGUUGCGCGAGGGCGACACCAUGAUUUUGGCCGGUACGGAAGGUCCCAUCGUGACCCAGAUCAAAGCCCUGCUAAUGCCCCAACCGAUGAAGGAACUGCGCGUGAAGAAUGCCUACGUCGAACACAAGGAGGUUUUGGCGGCUCAGGGUGUGAAGAUUGCUGCCAAGGAACUGGAAAAAGCCAUCGCCGGGUUGAAUUUGCAGAUUGCUCAGAGAGCUGAUGAGGUGGAGAUUUUUAAAGAUAUUGUUGCACGUGAUUUGAAAUCUGUUCUCAGCAGCAUCAAGCUCAGCGAUCGUGGUGUUUAUGUGCAAGCGUCGACACUUGGUUCGUUGGAGGCGUUGCUGGAGUUCCUAAGAACUUCGAAAAUUCCGUACUCUGGCAUUCGAAUCGGUCCUGUUGUGAAACGAGAUGUCAUGAAAGCCUCAACCAUGCUGGAGCACGAAAAUCAGUAUGCUACUAUUCUCGCCUUCGACGUCAAGGUAGAACGUGACGCGCAAGAACUUGCCGACAGUCUAGGCGUGAAGAUAUUCCAGGCGGACAUUAUCUACCAUUUGUUCGACAAAUUCAUGGCCUAUCGGGAAGAAAUCAAGCAACGCAAGCGCGAGGAGUUCAAAACGAUUGCAGUGUUUCCGUGCAAAUUGAAGAUUUUACCUCAGUUCGUGUUCAACUCACGUGAUCCAAUUGUGAUAGGUGUUAUCAUAGAGGCAGGUGUGGUGAAAGAAGGAACACCGAUUUGUGUGCCAAACAAAGAGUUUGUUGAACUGGGCGUGGUGACGUCGAUCGAAGCUAAUCACAAACAAAUUGAGACUGCCAGGAAAGGACAGGAAGUGUGUAUAAAAAUUGAACCGAUCCCUGGCGAAACGCCCAAAAUGUUCGGACGGCACUUCGAUGAAAAUGAUAUACUAGUUAGUAAGAUAUCCCGUCAAAGUAUUGACGCCUGCAAAGACUACUUCCGCGAUGAUCUGCUGAAAUCGGACUGGGCCCUGAUGGUGGAGCUGAAGAAAACGUUCCAGAUUUUGUAGUUCAUCCGCGACCAUCCCUUCAACGUAAUUGCACACCGUCGUGGCAAUGUUUCCUCGCUUCUAUCCAUCCAAUCGGGUUCGAAACUUCGAAUGGUGACAUCUCCCAGACGGGGGAUGGUGGGAAAGUGUGGGCGCGUUCGUUUUUUUUUAACUGCAACAAUCAAUUGUACUUUCACGAUGUCAUUUUACUUAACAAACAGCUCUUGAUAGAUAGAUAUUGUCGUUUGUCGUCAUUUCGUAAUUGUAAUUAUUAUUUAAUUGCGUUACAAUUCCUGCUUGUUUGGUGAUCCGUCGUCGGUUGGUAUUAUUACCCGAGUAGGUUUUAGGUAGUUUUUUUGCCCUUUUUCCAGAGACAGUGCUUAUGUGUGAUUGACAGCGAAUGAUUGUAUUUUCUGGAAGCAAUGUACGUUUGUUUAACAUCUUCUAAUAAAACAAAAGUAGAAAUCA